CCAAGAGCAACUCCUCUACCAAAAAACCAAAUCCAUAGCGAAACCCUAUUUGGAUACACCAUCGCAAACGAGUGAAAAGUUGAGAUCUAAAACCAAGAUGCAGACUCAGACACACACCACCGCAGAUCGACAUGGCUACAGCCUGCGCUUCUCGCCCUUCGAGGCUAACUACUUGCUGCUAGCUACAAGCCAACUUUACGGUCUUGCUGGAGGUGGUUCCCUCUUUCUGCUGGAACAGAACUCCAACGCCAACUCAUCCUCAGCCACAGAUGGCCAGAGUCUCGGAGAGCUGUGCCGCCUUGAGUGGUCCGAUGGAUUAUUCGACGUCGCCUGGUGUCCGUAUGCCGCCGAUAUCGCCGCCACUGCCUCCGGUGAUGGAUCACUCCAGAUCUGGUGCGGAUUGGACGGCGAAUCGGCGAGCAACCAGCAGACGCCGAAGCAACCGCUGAUCUGCCUGCAGGAGCACAAGAACGAGGUGUACAGCCUGGACUGGGGCGAGAAGUGGAACUAUCACACACUGCUCUCGGCCAGCUGGGAUUGCACACUGAAAUUGUGGGACUGCAACAGACAGAACUCCAUCACCACCUUUGUGGGCCACAACGAUCUGAUCUAUGGGGCCAAGUUCUCGCCCCUGAUCGCCAAUCUGUUUGCUAGCGUAAGUACCGAUGGACACCUUAACUUAUGGAACUCUCUUGAUUUUGCAGGUAAACCCCUGAUGAGCAUCGAGGCGCAUGCGAGUGAGGCACUCUCCUGCGACUGGUCGCACUUCGAUCGCAAUGUCCUGGUCACCGGAGGAUCGGAUGGCCUGAUUCGUGGCUGGGAUCUGCGCAAGAUGAGGACCCAUGUCUUUGAGCUGUACUCCGGAGAGUUUGCUGUCCGGCGAUUGGCCUGCUCACCGCACUCGGCAGCGGUUUUGGCAUCGGCCAAUUAUGAUUUUACCACAAGGAUCUGGAAUCUGGAGCGCGGCGAGUCCGCCCAGGAAAUCAAUGCCCGGCACACAGAGUUCGUGUGCGGGUUGGACUGGAAUCCCCACAGGACCCACCAGUUGGCCGACUGUGGCUGGGACUCCUUGGCCAGCGUGUAUACCCCGCAGUGCCUGAGUGGCGAACUGAUCGUCUAGGUUUUGUACAGGGCAUGCCCACAACUGGAAACUGGAACUGGUACUCCCUAAAUACCGAACACACAUGUGAUAAGGCGCUAGUGGCGUCGAAAUAGCCAGGCCUACAAGCUAAACUAUAGCUGAGCUAUAUGCAAUGCCUAUAAGGAACUGAGGACAAGGACGAGGACUCAUCGGCACAAAAGAUGACGUGUAAAUAGCUGUGUGAUAAACCUCAAGCAGGUGCUUCAAAAUGUCAAUAAAAGCUUACAUAUAUCA